GGGCAAAUAACACUUGCAAAAAAAGAUGCAAGCACUUCCUUUAGGCUGGUACAUCAACAGGACAGGAAUAAGUAAUAAUGGCUACCCCAAAACCUAGAGUGAUUGCCCUUUCCAAGCGUGACGGCCAGACCUAUGGCUUCUUCCUGAGGAUUGAGGAGGGGGUAGAAGGUCAUUUGGUUCGGGCCUUGGAGAUGGGUGGUCCUGCUGAACUAGCAGGUCUCAAGGAUGGAGAUCGCAUUAUCAGAGUUAAUGGAACCUUUGUGGACAACCUGGAACACAGCCAGGUUGCUGAUCUGGUUAAGAAAAGUGGAUUGACUGUCACAUUUCAUGUCUUGGGAGACGAAGCAUACCGGCAGGCCAAAAGCAAUGGCAUAAAUCUUGCAGAACCACAGUCCUAUUCUGCUCAGAAUCAGCCCACUAUGAAUGGAUUCCCAUCAACAACCCCAAAACUUAAACUCUGCUUUCUUCAGAAGACCAGCAACUUUGGUUUCUCUAUGAAGUCCUCCAAAGAUGAAAAGGGAAUGUUCAUGAUCGAUGUGAUCGUCGGAGGCACUGCUGAUAAUGCAGGAGUUAAAGCAGGUGAUCGCCUCUUGGAGAUCAAUGGAGAAAAUGUAGAAAGUGCUACACACGAUCAGGCUGUGCAAAAAGUCAAAGCUGCUGGAAACAGUGUGAUGUUUUUACUUGUGGAUGAGGACGCGGACAAAUACUUUAAGAAUAAGCACAUCAGGCUGGGAAGUGGACUAGCCACAACAAAGCACCUCCCACUGAAGCCUCGCAUAGUCGAAAUCACUAAAGAAGCCAGCGGUUAUGGCUUCUUCCUUAAAGCAGACCCUAAAAAUCCAGGUCAUUUUAUUGGAGAGAUCGACCGUGGGAGCCCUGCAGAAAAAGGGGGACUAAAGGAGAUGGACAGGCUGGUGGCUGUGAAUGGAGAGGAGGUUCAUAGUCUCACUCAUGAGGAAGUGGUGGAUAAAAUACGUCAACUUGGAAACCGAUGCUGCCUUCUGGUGGUUGAUGCUGAAACAGACAAGAUGUACAAGAUGGGUGGUGCAUCUCCUUUACUUUAUUUGGAGGAAAUGAGGAGUUCCAUGUCUCAGCCAAGCAAGCCUGAGCCUGAGCCUGAGCCUGAACCUAAACAUGAUGUCACCCAAGUCCCAGCCAUGGCUAAUGCUGCAGAAGAAACAUAUAAACCCAAAUUGUGCCGCCUGGAAAAGACUGCCGCAGGGUAUGGCUUUCAUCUUAAUGGUAUCCAAGGAGUGCAUGGGCAAUACAUCAAAGAGGUAGUAAAGGGAGGAGCAGCAGAUAGAGCCGGGGUAGAGGAUGACGACAUUGUGGUGGAGGUCAAUAAUGUGAACGUAGAGAAAAGCACACACGAGGAGGCAGUAAAUCUUAUCCGCAACAGUGGUGACACUCUGGUCCUUCUUGUAGCAGGGAGAGCAGCCUAUGAGCACCUGAAAGCUAAGGGGAUUGCAAUUACCCCUCAGCUGCUGGAUACUGAGAAAACACCAGUUCAGUCUCAGUCUCAGUCUCGUGAAAGGACACCCUCUGUAUCAUCUACGUCAUCCUCAGAAAAUGAAGAUGAGAGGCUUUGAGAAAGACGUUUUCCAAGUGCUGGGUUAUAUUUAUAUGAUGCCAUGUCAAAGUUGCACAAAUAAAUGAAAAGCUUUUAA